CUUUAAAGAAUGUGAAAAAAACAUUUCAUCUUCUUGAGAACCAACAUAUUUAUAUACAUGUCGAAUUAACAAUUGCAAUUUAUCACAACACCCAAGCAAAGGGUUUUAUCUGCCCUUCUAUCAGCCUUCUUUCGGCCAAAACCACACCCAAUGAGUCAUGGCCAGAGAUCUUGGGAUAAGUUCAACCAGUUUGGCUAGUUGACCCAAUUAAAUUGGGCAUUUUUAAAUUGAUUACACCCGUGAUGGAAACAAGUUCGCAGAAGAAAGGUUCUGAGAUCUCAGAUCUUAUCAAAACCCAAGACUUGGGGUUUUGGGUAUAAAAGCGAUUGGCACAAAGCCAAAAGUCAACAGUCAACCAGCAUGAAUCGCGGAGUGCAAAUACUUAUGAUCUUGGGCCUGAUUUGCGCCACUCAGGCUCGAAUUCCCAACCUACGGCGAGUUGUUGGCUCUGGUCGGUCAGCCGAUGUGGAUGUGGAGGAGCCGCAAGGUCCUCAAAUUCUCAUAUAUUCCCCCAGUGAAGCCACUGCCAGAUCCGAUGACCAAGAGCCCACCUUCCAAGAGCCGCAAAUCAGAGAGGAGGUGGCCGAAUCCGAGGCAAUGGAGUCCAAGGAUAGCCGCAAGAUUCCCGACUAUCUCUACUCGAAUGCCAUACCCAUGGUGAAUGACAAGAAUCUCAACUAUGUGGUGCCAUAUUCCGUGGCCUUUGGCCCCUCGAUCCUCCCCAAGAGCGGUCUCAGUCAGAGCCAGGCCAAUGCCCUUCCCAUUGUCGUGGUGCCGCGUUAUCAGCUCGGUUUCAAUGUUCAGGGUCAGCAGGGUAUUUCGAACUCCCAACUGAGCUCCCAAUUCAACUGGCCCAACUUUAAUCUGCUGCCCACCAACGUGAAUUUGGCCAGCGAGUCGGUGGCCUCUGAGAAGGAGGAGACGCUGUCCAGCCCUACCUAUAUCCAGGUUCCUGUGGCAGUUCCCGGUCCGCCUGGACCACCCGGACCGCCGGGACCACGAGGACCUACGGGACCCACAGGUCCACGCGGACCACGAGGUCCUGCUGGGGAAUCUGGAGUGAUUUCAGCCCAGAAACCUCAGAGCAUUUGGUAUACCCAAACAGGUAGCAAUAAGCAGCCCUCGUACUCUACACCUUUCUCCGGUGGCUAUCAAAGUUGAAUGAAUAAAUAAAAGGAAUUCUAAGAGAAACAAUCAUCUUUCUGGGAUUUAUUUAUAAACAAAAUAUUAUAGCCUUUAAUUUCAACUGAAAAUGUAUACAUUUUUAAACAUCUGAUUAUAUAAAUCCCUAAUCUCUUUAGAUAAUUUUUAACCCAAGCCAAAGAUUGUGGUAUAAAAGUUCCAUUAAAUUGUUAUUAUUGACAGGAUGUGCCUUUAUUCUCCAUUACGGCAUCCUCUAAUCUAUGAUUUCAGUAUAUAGUAUAUAUAGUAUCUAUGCUGCCGGUACACUUGCACUUCAGAGAGCACGUCGCUGGCAUUAUCUGUGGCAUUAUACGACUAUCUGGCCGCAUUAUAUCUAUUGUAACGAGUGUGUCAAACGUUGCCGUUGUGGUCAGGCCAUAAAAGGUCCGACGGAAUUCUCGUGUUGGGUGUCACUUUAUGGCAUACUACACGGCAUCACACCACACCACACCAUACCACUCACACA